CCUUGCUCAGAUCAACUUGAGCAACAAUCGUUUGGCGAAGGUGUCACUCAAAGGCAUGCCCUAUCUCUCAGAUGUCUGGCUGAACGACAACAAUCUAACAAGCGCUCCUUCUGACAUGAAUGACUUGAAACAAAUCUACACCAUGGACCUCUCUAGUAACCCGAUACAAACCCUAGCACCCAGUCAGUUCAAAGACCUCGGGUCACUGUUGAAAUUAGACAUCUCUAAUAUAUCUGCUAUUAAAGCUGGCGGUUUAGAAGACGAUUUUUUGAUCGGCCUCGAUAAUUUGAUAGAACUCUGGCUGGAGAGAAACGAACUUGGAGUCAUUCCGACAAAGGCGCUCUGUCCUGUCGUCAGUCAAAUCCAAAUCUUAAACCUCAACCAAAAUCGAAUCAACUCGACUCAGGAAGAGGAUCUCGCUUGUUUCCAGAACCUGACAAAGGUGAUGUUAGCGAAAAAUCUUCUCACGAAAAUUCCAGAGUGUCUCAAAAGCCUCCCAAAGCUGGAAAGACUAGACAUUUCAGGAAACCCGAUUGUUCAAAUACCGUAUCAGUCCCUCACGAAUUUUACAAGCCUCACAGACUUAGACCUAAGCAACAGCAAGAUCGAAUUGAUAGACAGGCAGGCAUUUUAUAAUCUAGACUACAUGGAAACCUUAAACAUUGCCAGUACCAAACUGACCUGGCUACCCAGCGGCAUCUUUAACAUGACAACAUUCUCAGAAAAACUUGGUCUUGAGGGAAACCAGUGGACUUGCGACUGCCAAAUGCAUGGUUUUGCUCAGGACUUGCACUCGGCCAAGCUUAAAAACCUAGCUAACAUUAAAUGCUCAGCACCAGAGCGAUACAAGGGUUACAACCUGUUGGAUAUCCCCCUGGCGAAUCUCACCUGCAAUUGCAACCAUCAAGGAGCGCCAUCUGUCGACAUGAGCGGGAGUGACAACCAGACAAAGUACUUGCAGUCGGCCACAUUGAAGUGUGCUGUACACAGUUGUCCCGUUGCCAAGGUAUUCUGGUCCACUCCAAUCGGAUUCGUCCUCUCUCAUGACGUCACCGAGAUUCCCGGAUAUGACGUAGGCGCCGACGGAACUCUCGUCAUCAAGGCUGCGGCACUGGAGGAUGCCGGGAACUACAGUUGCACGGCAGUGAACUACAUAGGGAAGGACGUUAAGUAUCACGUGCUUAAAGUUUGGUAACUUGAUUUCCUAUUUGGCCAGAUACCACGUAUUUGGAGUAAACUUUAGAACUACAAAGAUCAGUGACAGUAGGUAUGAUAUUGUAAAAAGGCGGGAAGAGUCUGUGUAUAAAUUUUGAAUCCCCGAAAAGUUUUCAAA